AUGGCUAAAGGAUACAAAAUAAAAAGUCCUAACAGAUCUACACCAGAACCAACGUUUAGUAAAGUGUUAGGAGAGUCCUCCACGUCCAGUUUGCUGUCAGAGUCCGUCGCAGAGCCUGGCGAUGUACAAAACUCACCGCGUUCCACUGUGUGUUCCGCAUCUGCCGUAUCUCUACCCUCCGAUGACCAUCAACAGAACCACGAGCAUGAUCAGUGCCGUAAAGUUCCCAUUCUUCAUCAUAUAAUCGUGGAAAGAUAUGAGGGUGAUAAGAGUGGAGACAUGUUUCAUGGAGAAGGUGUCGCUUAUUUUCAAGGUGGCCACAUUUACAAGGGUAGUUUUUCACACGGGUUAAUGCAUGGCCAUGGUGAAUAUAUCUGGUCAGACGGUUUAAAGUAUCAGGGUGAUUUCAAAUUAAAUGUUCCCAUGGGACAUGGGACUUACACCUGGCUGGAUGGCAGCACUUAUGAGGGAGAGGUACACAAAGGUGUGCGUCAUGGUGUCGGAGUGUAUAAAUGUGCCAAAACCUCUACCGUGUACAGAGGUCAGUGGUAUCUGGGCAAAAGACAGGGGCAGGGGUUAAUGUACUAUAACCAAGCAGCCACAUCAUGGUACAAGGGAGAAUGGGCCAACAAUUGCAGAGAGGGCUGGGGAACGCGGUGUUACCCAUCUGGAAAUGUAUAUGAGGGACAAUGGAGGAACAGUGUUCGGCAUGGAGAGGGAACAAUGAGAUGGGUUCAGUUGGAUCAGCAAUAUAGUGGGCAGUGGGUAAACGGCAUCCAGGAUGGAAAAGGAACGCUCACCUGGUUGCGUAAAAGAGUUCCGUGCUCUCAGUACCCUCGUAUGAACGAGUACACAGGAGAAUUCGUUCAGGGCAAGCGUCAUGGUCAAGGACAGUUCUUUUAUGCCAGUGGGGCUGUGUAUUGUGGAGAGUGGAAACAUGACAAAAAACAUGGACAGGGGAGGUACACUUUUGAAAAUGGACGGGUAUAUGAAGGGGAGUUUAUUAAGGACGGCAUGGCUGAAUUUCCUGCCUUCACUCCUGGCCUAAGUGGAAUUACGACUCCUUUUCCAGACGAGAAUGAUUCAUCAAACAGAGCUUCACAGUCAAGCACAAGCUCCUCGCCGCUUGGAUCUGACAUGGUUUUGAACAUUCAAGCCCUGUUAAGUAGAUUACCUGAGGCCCACAGAGAUCAAGAACUUAAACAGGUGGAAUUUGCGGUAGUGAGACACAUUGGUUUGUUAAGGGAAAUAUACAGCUUCUACAGCUGCCUUGGACGUGAGCAGUCUUCAGACAAAAUAUUCCCACUGACCCACCUGCAGUUCUCUCGCUUUCUCAUGGACUGUAAAGUUCACCAGCAUGGAAGCACAGUAGCGCAAAUGGAUCGUCUUAUCAACGGUAAUGCCUUUGAGCAUAAGAACGUUUAA